GACGUCAGACGCCAGGGGGGCGGAGCGACGAAGGGAAGGAGGAGGGAAGUAGGCCUUCAACAUGGCGGCUGUGGUACCGGCAGUGGCUGCGGUGACAGUCCGGCCCGGGGCGGGUAGAGUGGGAAGAGGUGGUGUUCUCUUUCCCUAGGGGCAGUGGGAGCUCAGCAGGGACUGAGCCCGGGAGGCCGGGUGGCGCCAGCACCUUUCAGCUUUCGGGACGGCAGCGGCCUUCAGAUUCUAAAUGGCUUCUAAGAAGUUGGGGACAGAUUUUCAUGGGACUUUCAGUUACCUUGAUGAUGUCCCAUUUAAAAUAGGAGACAAAUUCAAGACACCAGCUAAAGUGGGUCUUCCUAUUGGCUUCUCCUUGCCCGACUGUGUACAGGUUGUGAAAGAGGUACAGUAUGACUUCUCCUUGGAAAAGAAAACGAUUGAGUGGGCCGAAGAUAUUAAGCUAAUCCAAGAAGCUCAGCGAGAAGCAGAGCGGAAGGCCGAGGAUGCAGAAGCUAAAGUGAAUUCUAAGAGUGGCCCAGAGGGUGACAGCAAAAUGAGCUUCUCCAAGAUUCACAGUACAGCCACAAUGCCGCCUCCUAUUAACCCCAUCCUUGCCAGCUUACAGCACAAUAGCAUCCUCACUCCAACUCGGGUCAGCAGUAGUACUACAAAGCAGAAAGUUCUCAGCCCUCCCCACACAAAGGCAGAUUUCAAUCCUGCUGACUUUGAGUGUGAAGAGGACCCGUUUGAUAAUCUGGAGUUAAAAACCAUUGAUGAGAAAGAAGAGCUGAGAAACAUUCUGGUAGGAUCAACUGGACCCAUAAUGGCUCAGCUACUGGACAGUAGCUCACCCAGAGGGAGCUCGGGCUCUGUAUUACAGGAUGAGGAGGUCUUGGCAUCCUUGGAGCAGGCAACCUUAGAUUUCAAGCCUCUUCAUAAACCCAAUGGCUUUAUAACUUUACCACAGUUGGGCAACUGUGAAAAGAUGUCGCUGUCUUCCAAAGUGUCCCUUCCCCCUAUCCCUACAGUAAGCAAUAUCAAAUCUCUGUCCUUCCCCAAACUUGACUCUGAUGACAGCAAUCAGAAGACAGUUAAGCUUGCGAGCACUUUCCAUAGCACAUCCUGCCUACGAAGUGGCGCGUCUCGGAAUUUCCUGAAGCCUUCCACCCAAAGCAGUGCCAGUGAGCUCAAUGGGGACCACACUCUUGGGCUUUCAGCUUUGAACUUGAACAGUGGCACACAGGUGCCAACCCUGACAGCCUCCCAGAUGCCUUCCCUGUCUGUCUUGUCUGUGUGUACAGAAGAACCAUCACCUCCAAAUACAUGUCCCACAGUAACCCCUCUAAAUUUCUCAGUGUCACAAGUGCCCAACAUGCCUAGCUGUCCCCAGGCCUAUUUGGAACUGCAGGCAUUGUCUCCAAGUGAGCGGCGAUGUGUUGAGACAGUAGUCAACAUGGGCUACUCCUAUGAUUGUGUCCUGAGAGCCAUGAAGAAGAAAGGAGAGAAUAUUGAGCAGAUUCUCGACUAUCUCUUUGUACAUGGACAGCUUUGUGAGAAGGGCUUUGACCCUCUUUUAGUGGAAGAGGCUCUUGAAAUGCACCAGUGUUCAGAAGAAAAGAUGUUGGAGUUUCUUCAGCUAAUGAGCAAAUUUAAGGAAAUGGGCUUUGAACUGAAAGACAUUAAGGAAGUUUUGCUAUUACACAACAAUGACCAAGACAAUGCUCUGGAAGACCUCAUGGCCCGGGCUGCAGCCAGCUGAGACCAGGCCCCGCCACGGCCCUGCCACGGCCUCACCAGCCCCAGGAGGCCCUGCAUAGCUCCCUUGGGGGAAGAAAGACAUGCUUGCAGACUUUCUUUGGGGUUAGAAGGUCAGGUGUGGAGUGACACUUGUUAGUCUGUGAGCCCAGACUUGAGCUGUGAGGAAGGGAGGAAGAUUUGGGCACACAAUGCCCUAUUCAAUAUUAAACAUACCUGUACAUUGAGAAGUGUCCUUCCCACCUUGGCCUUUUAGAAAGAAAACUUGGAUCUUUCUGGGUCUCUGAUGGUCUGGUUUCCGAGGAGUGGGAGGAGCAGGAGGGGCAGAUGGCUGCUGCUUUGGGGCAAGGUGCUUUGCUCUCUGUGGCAUAGUGGGCUCUGACCCAAAUUGAAUGCAGGUGAGAGGUUCUUCCGGGGUACCUUCCCCAAAGCCCUUAGUGCUACACUGGUUCUGGAAUGUCUCUACGGUACAAAAGAUGCACUUUUCCUCACGGGGCAAAGUCUGCCUCUUCUGCCAGGCAGUGAACCAUGUGCCCCUGUUCAGACUGUUUAUUAUUAUUAAUUAUUAUUAUUUUUGGCUUAGACCAUAAUCCUCUGCUGCCGAGGGUAUUGGAGCCCCUGUGCUAGGAAGCUCUUGUCAGUUUGAGUAACCCUUGGCCCCUUCCCAGCACACUGGUGAGAAAAAGGCCAUGACUUGUCACUCAGCACUACCCCAGUUCUUGAAUGGCCUCCUCCAGCCCUACUUUAGGAUGACACAAUGAGUAACUUAGGCAUAGAAACCAGUCUCUUUUGUUUGUAUUAUGUUUUACUCCAUUAAAGAUUUAAAUACAAAGGAUAUAAUACAGUCUUGAAUCAAAAGUAAUUUGCUAACUAUUUUGAUUCUUCAGAGAACUAAUAAUAAAAAUCUAAAAGGUA